UAAAAAAUAAAAACGUGAAGUCGGUGUUUGAGCCCUCGCAGCUUCCGUAGCUGGAGGAAGACUGGUGGUUGUUCGACGUGGAAUAAAUCCGUGAAGGAGGCGAUGGAGGAGUAGCGUCUUGUCGCUCCGAGCCAACACGUCCUAACCUCAAACCGAAGCGGGAUACAUCCCCGAAAACAGGUCCGGGUCUGGGUAACACGGGACCCGAAAGAAAGCGCAGGGACUGAAACCUCUCUUCUUCUUCUUCGCGCCUCCAUUCACCUACAGUCAUGAUAAAAGCCAUUUUAAUAUUCAACAACCACGGGAAACCGAGGCUUUCUAAAUUCUACGAACACUAUAAUGAAGACAUAGAGCAACAAAUCAUCAGGGAAACCUUUCACUUGGUCUCAAAACGAGAUGAAAACGUCUGCAAUUUCCUAGAAGGAGGAAUGUUGAUCGGAGGAUCAGACUACAAGCUGAUCUACAGACACUACGCCACGCUUUAUUUUGUGUUUUGUGUCGACUCUUCAGAGAGCGAGCUAGGAAUUUUAGACUUAAUCCAGGUUUUUGUGGAAACGCUGGACAAAUGCUUUGAAAAUGUCUGUGAGCUUGACUUAAUUUUUCACGUAGACAAGGUACACCACAUUCUGGCAGAGAUGGUGAUGGGCGGGAUGGUCCUGGAGACCAACAUGAAUGAAAUCAUCACACAGGUGGACACCCAGAACAAGAUGGAGAAGUCUGAGGUGUGUGCAGGCCGGUAUUGCAGGAGCACCUGCUCGUGCUGUAUCAGCUGUAAAGAACAUGAACCUCCCGGAAAUGCCCAGAAACAUCAACAUUGGCGACAUAAGCAUAAAAGUGCCAAAUUUACCUUCCUUCAAAUAGUGGCAGCAAGAUCCUGAGCCUGCAAGAUGUCAGCCGAUGUUUACCUUGAUGCAUUCUGUUUGCCAACACCUGACAUUAUAAACUUUUAUCAACACUCGAAGUCUUGAAGGUACUGUGGGAUUUGACACUCCAUGUUGCGGUGUUAUCUUUUUGAUUAAUUUCUGUUAAAUGUUUUUGGUGGGUUUUAUUUUUCUGUUUGA